GUAGUGUCUCGAUCGGGUACUCUGACUUAUGAGGCUGUACAUCAGACAACACAGGCUGGCCUUGGUCAGACCUGGUGCAUUGGUAUAGGAGGUGAUCCCUUCAAUGGCACCAAUUUUAUUGAUUGUUUGGAAGUGUUUUUCGCUGACAAAAGUACUAGAGGAGUGAUUUUGAUUGGAGAAAUUGGUGGAACAGCAGAAGAGCAAGCAGCUGCAUUCAUCAAGGAUCAGGUUAAAGCUGGCAGAGGCAAACCGGUGGUCAGCUUCAUCGCCGGCGUUACGGCACCUCCAGGAAGACGAAUGGGUCAUGCUGGAGCAAUUAUAGAUGGUGGAAAAGGUCUAGCAGGCGACAAAAUAGAAGCUCUCAAAUCAGCUGGUGUCCACGUAGUGGACUCACCUGCACAUCUUGGGGUAACCAUGGCCAAAUCACUAAUCCAUGGCGCCUAUGGCGCUCAUUAA